CGAACCUGACACAGUGUCAGCAACAGAUGUCAGUGCCCACCCCAGACUUCAUCCCAGGACCCCGGAGGGUGCUGAGGGGCUGCAGUUCUCCACCCUGGAAUCUGCCCGGGGCGCACUUCCCUGCUCACCGGCGAGAAGGAUAAAUUCCACAGCAUGCGAACUUCCAGAAUCGUCUUGAUAUACAAGCUGCCACAGUGCUUUCCAGAAAGGUCGUGCCAGCUUUUACUUUCAUCAUCGGAUCAGCACAGAGUACAAGUGUUAAAAAAAAAAAAAACAAAAAAAAAAAACCUGCUCGUUUUUAUUUUUAUGACUAACAUUUCAGUUAUAUGUUCACUAUAGGAAGCUUGGAAGAUGCACAAAAUGCUAUUUUCUCCCUGCCCUUUCCACUUUCCCUCUGCUUUUAAAGUCUCUAUCUCUCCCUUGUCCUCCUUACUACCUCCUCCUUCAGCUCUAACUUGGCCAGAAGUAGACAGCAUAGGCAAGUAGAAAAGGCCAGAAAGCUACAGGCAAAGCAGGAGGCCUCUACUGCGCUAUUGCAUAGCAUAUCCAGCUGUUUCCAUUUAAAGGGGAUUUAAACUCCAGUUCCUUAUUUUAAGUGCCAGGAGCCCCAUGUAGCUGAUGCUACCAUGUUGGACAGUACAGGGGGAGAGCAUUUCUAACCCCAUAGGAAGUUCUGCUGGGCAGUGCUGGCUACUCCAUCAGGGCAGGAAUCCUGUUCCCCUAGAUGCUCUGUAAACCGUGUAUUGAAUGACUAAAUGAAUGAAGGAUGGAAAUGGAUACUAAGCUAAGUAGGGAAAUGAGAUAUGUUCAUGAUGAGAUAAGGGUUGUGAAGACAGCACAGUGAGCUUGAGGAGACAAGGGUGACGUUCUGAACCAGAGCAUGGUGACACCCUGGUGUGGUGACAGCUGAGCUGGGAUGAGCAUCAGAGAGGAGUGUGGGUGGAACAGUAGGUGCAAAGGCCCUGGGGUGACCAGUGUGUUGUCUUCACAAUGUAGCCUGUGAGGGCCAUGUGUAAGAUCAGGUCAGAAUGAGAUGGGGAGGGCUAAGGUCAAUUCCUUGGGAACUGGAGGUCAGGGCAAGGAGGUGGGGAGCCAAGGGGAGUCCUGAGCAAGGUGAUGGCUACCAUCUGAUGUGGCCACUUUGCGCCUGCCCCUCUCUGCAGGCCCUGACUGCUGACUGCAUCUGCCUGCCGCCACCUGGGUUUGUCUGGAGCUGCUGGGACUAUCCUGGGAUCCAGUUCGCUUGCCCCCGGAGGCCGGAGAGAUGCUCCCGCUGGCCAGAGCCCUCGCCUCCCCCAGGAGUCCCCAGACCCCAGCCCUGAGGGAGCAGGACAGGGCCCCUCAGCUGGCCGGCCCUGGGGAUACUGAGGCCUGGCGCCUGCGUUUCCGACAGUUCCAGUACCGCGUGGCAGGAGGGCCACACCGCGCGCUGGGCCAGCUCUGGAUGCUGUGCCGCCAGUGGCUGCGGCCCGAGGCGCACUCCAAGGAGCAGAUGCUGGAGCUGCUGGUGCUGGAGCAGUUCCUGGGUGCGCUGCCCAGCAAGAUGAGGACCUGGGUGCAGUCGCAGGGCCCUCGCACCUGCAGGGAGGCCGCUAGCCUGGUGGAGGACCUCACACAGAUGUCGCAGCAGGAAGUUCUGGUAUCUCUCACCGACCACCAGGACGGGAGCAUCAGCGAGGAGGAAGACGGGAAGAACCAGAAAGACCCAUGCCAGGCAUCGGAGCUGGGGCUCCCCCAGGAGGGCGAGUGGCUGCAGCCUGCCCAGCCCCAGCGGAGUCCCCACACCAGGGCGGGGGCCGAGGCAUCCUGCACCCUGGGCUCACUCGGGCUUCAGCCUCCCAGCAUGAAGGCAGACAGACUGAGGAUGCUGCAGCAUGGGGUCCCUUCAGCAGCCUGCCCAGGCCUGGGCUGCUUGCCUGUGAAGCCUAGUGUCUGGGAUGAGGCUCCCUGUGGGCAGGUCCGGGACAGAGCCCUCGAAAACAGGCACUGUCUCCCCAGGCUGGCCCAGGACACUCCCCAGGCCGAAGGGAGUGCCUGGCAGGCAGGGGCUGCCCCCAGGGACACUGUGCUUCAGGGCACUGCGGGCCAAGGGCCUGCUCCAGAGAAGCCCCUGCACCUGCGCCCUCAGCCCAGCCUGGUUGCAGACCUCACCCUCCCAAGUGCUCAGAGCAGUAGUCCCCAAAAGGGACUUGGGGACCGUGAUGCCAGCAGCACCCACCUGCCCUUACUCAAAGACACCAAAGCCUCCCCCGAAGAGUCAGGGCGACCGGCUGUUGCCCCCUCCUCCGGGAGCUCAGCGGCGCCGCCAGUCCCCCCAGGGACGCGGCCCUUCGCGUGCGCCGAAUGCGGGGAGGUCUUCACCUGGGUCACCCACUUCAUGGAGCACCAAAAGCGCCACCUGGAAGAGGGGCCCUUCUCGUGUCCUGAGUGCGGCAAAACCUUCCUGCACGCCUCUGUCCUGGGGGAGCAUCGGAAGAUCCACCUGCUGGAGCCGCUGCCCAAGAGGCCCCGCCGGAGCGGGGGCGAAGAGCCAGGAGAGGCCGACCCCCAGGAAGCGCCCUCGGGCCGCCGCGAGCCCUCCGGACGCGAGCGGCCCUUCGAGUGCGGCGUCUGCGGGAAGGCCUUCCCCUGGAUGGUCCACCUCCUCGACCACCAGAAGCUGCACGCCACGCAGCGACUCGGGACACGCCACGUCUCUGGGUGUCGCCGCGCCUGCCGCUUACCCCGAGUGACAGCGACCCACGAAGGGCUCGUCCUGCGGGGCGACCCGGAACCUACCGCGUCCCCCGGGUGUCGCCGCGCCUGCCGCUUACCCCGGGUGUCGCCGCGCCUGCCGCUUACCCCGGGUGACAACGACCCUCUGCGAACUAGUCCAGCGGAGCGACCCAGGACCUGCCACCCCCGCCGCCGCAACCCUCGGGCGACCCGGGACCCGCCGCUUGUCUGGGUGUCGCCACGCCUGCCGCGUUCCUUGGGCGACAGCGACCCCCAGCGCCGCGCUCAGCUGGGCAGUCCGCCGUCUGUGUUCCGCAGGCGACAGAAGAGGAGCUUCGCCAGCGUGCCGGGAAAAUGCCAAGCUGAGGUUUCACUACUGUUGGGUUUGGCCCAGGUGCAGGGCUCCAGGCUCCCACAGCCACAGCCCCUCCUUCCCACACACAGAUGCCGGGGUGUGGGGUUUCUGGCCACCACAGGCACUUGUCCGGUCUCUUGCCUCCCUUCUCCCCCCAGAACCACCUGCAGAGGAGCUGGCUGUUCCUGGAAGAGGCCAGAGGAGGAGGGAAUGACUGCUGGGCUCCUCACUGCCGGGGCCCCGGAGCAAGUGACCUUUGAGGACGUGGUUGUGGACUUCACCCAGGAGGAGUGGGGGCAGCUGGAGCCCGCCCAGAGGACCCUGUACCGCGAUGUGAUGCUGGAGACCUUCAGGCUCCUGGUCUCCGUGGAUUUGGAAACCAGACCCCAAACCAAAGUGUCCACCCCAACUCAAGACAUCACUGAAGGAAUACGUACCAGUGCCCUGGCAGAAAGGUUCCUGUGGGAUAGUCUGUGGUACUCAGAGGGUGACGAUGCAGAGGGCUGCCGCGGACAGAGUCGAGAGAGCCAUGUGGUGAAGACACCCAUGCAGCAGCAGCAGCAGGGGGAUGGGUUUGGGGGAAACUUCAGUCUGAGCCCCCGCUUCCCAACUCAGCCAAUGACUCCAGAAAGGCAAGGCCUCCACAUGCCGGGGACGCGCGGGGGGAGGGGGAAGCCAGACCCAGGGCUCCACGCCGAGCAGAAAACACACGCAAAAGCGAAGCCCUACGAAUGUCAGGCGUGCGGCAAGGCCUUCGGUCACAGCUCGGCACUCCUCGAGCACCACCGAACGCACACGGGAGAGAGGCCUUACGAGUGUCCCGAAUGCGGGAAAGGCUUCCGCAACAGCUCGGCGCUCACCAAACACCAGAGGAUCCACACCGGUGAGAAGCCUUACCGGUGCCCCCAGUGUGGGAAGACCUUCAACCAGAUCGCCCCGCUGGUCCAGCACCAGAGGACCCACACGGGCGAGAAGCCGUACGAGUGCGGCGAGUGCGGCAAGGCCUUCAGCUUCCGCUCGUCCUUCAGCCAGCACGAGCGCACGCACACCGGGGAGAAGCCGUACGAGUGCGGCGAGUGCGGCAAGGCCUUCCGCCAGAGCAUCCACCUCAGCCAGCACGUGCGGGUCCACACCGGGGAGAGGCCGUACCGCUGCGGGGACUGCGGCAAGGCCUUCGGCCACAGCUCGUCCCUGACCAAGCACCAGCGCAUCCACACGGGCGAGAAGCCCUACGAGUGCCUGGAGUGCGGCAAGGCCUUCACGCAGAUCACGCCGCUCGUGCAGCACCAGAGGACGCACACGGGCGAGCGGCCGUACGAGUGCGGCGACUGCGGCAAGGCCUUCAGCCAGAGCACGCUGCUCACCGAGCACCGCAGGAUCCACACGGGCGAGCGGCCCUACGGCUGCAACGAGUGCGGGAAGACCUUCAGCCACAGCUCGUCCCUCAGCCAGCACGAGCGCACGCACACCGGGGAGAAGCCGUACGAGUGCGGCGAGUGCGGCAAGGCCUUCCGCCAGAGCACGCACCUCACCCAGCACCAGAGGGUCCACACCGGGGAGAGGCCGUACGAGUGCGGCGACUGCGGCAAGGCCUUCGGCCACAGCUCGUCCCUGACCAAGCACCAGCGCAUCCACACGGGCGAGAAGCCCUACGAGUGCCGCGAGUGCGGCCGGGCCUUCAGCCAGCUGGCCCCGCUCGUCCAGCACCAGAGGACGCACACGGGCGAGAGGCCGUACGAGUGUAACGCGUGCGGCAGGGCCUUCAGCCAGAGCUCCCUUCUCGUGGAACACCAGAGGAUCCACACCAAGGAAAAGCCCUACGGCUGCAAUGAGUGCGGAAAAUCCUUCAGUCACAGCUCAUCGCUCAGCCAGCACGAGCGCACGCACACCGGGGAGAAGCCCUACGAGUGUCAGGACUGUGGGAAAUCGUUCAGGCAGAGCACCCACCUCACGCAGCACCGGCGGAUCCACACGGGAGAGAAGCCAUAUGAGUGCAGGGACUGCGGGAAGGCCUUCACACACAGCUCAUCCCUCACCAAGCACCAGAGAACUCAUACUGGGUAGGCCCGCCUCCCAUUUGCUCGGACCUGGAAAAGCCUUAAGUCAUAGCUCAUCCCCUACCAGACUUGACCCCAUCAUUCCUAACGGAAACAAUACAAAUAUAUGCAUACGCAAGCCUUCCCGCACCCUUAGAGAGGAAUGAAAGAAAUGAUUGUGGGAAUACCGAGCUCUAGGUCAUCCGUCGCCGGAUAUCGGCCCGUCCAAACAGUGGUAGGAAGUGUGGAGUUGAGGACCUUCAGUCAUGAGUGACCGCUAAUGCUACAUCAGAGAACCUACAAAAGAGAAAAAUGGGGGGCGUGGGGGAAUGUAGUGGAUCUGGGGAUGGCUUCUGUCCAAGGAUUCACACUAUUCCAAACCAGAGGUUUGCAAAGUGGUGAGGAACCCGACAAAUGCUUUUCAUAUGCAGGAACCACACGCAGAAUUUAUCAUUAUUGCACAUUACGUUCUUUGGGGUGCUUAUGAAUGGUGCAAGGCGACUAUGAAUUUCUCUACAGGUGACUCACAGGCAUUAGAAACACAUGUUGAGGAUUCACAAAAAGGAAGAUUUUUUUUUUCCCCUUUGUUAAGCCACCAUCUUCUGAACAACAGCACCUCCACAUUGGAACCUUAUGUUUUGCAAGGUUUCUCCCUCUUGAGAAAUGUACAAGUUAAUCUUCUCUUGACUGUUUUUCAUGGAGUCCCUUUCCCAGUGUUUUUUAAAAAGCUUUUGUUUUUUGUAUAAUAUAUCUUGAAGGUCCAUAGUAUUAAACUGCGUCCUGAAUUCA